AGCAAUUUCAACCCGACUACUGCUGGGCUAAAAAACAUCCUUACGUCGUGCAGUUAAUGUGGAAUGCUGUGCUUGUCUGUGCGUAAUGACGAUGUGGAAGGAAGCAGAAGGAGGCGGACAGAAUGGCUCCUGGUGCAGCACAUGGGACAGAUGCGUCCGUCCUUCCCCUCAGACAAUCAGACAUGUGUCUGGUCUGUAUUGCUUUUGCUUCCUGGGUGCUGAAGACGGCAAACCCCCAAGUUGGAGACACAUGGAAGGCGGUUCUGCUGGCCAACAUAAGUGCUCUGUCUGCCAUUCGACACCUGCGGAAGUUUGCCAAAGUGGAGGUGGCAGCCACUCAUAACAAAAGUGUCUUACCGCCCUCAAUGGGUCUUGAUAUCUCUAAAUGACUUGGCACUACAUUUAGG